CAACCUCUGCCUCUCUCCCUCUCUCUCCCACUUUUGUGUCGUUUGUAUAUAAAACAGCUCCUGAUUCCUGACCCUCACAUAAUCAGAAAUGCUGACCGGCUCACACACACAACCAAAGCAGUAGCAAGUAGCUAAGAUGGGAGGUACAAGAUGGUGCCUUGGUGCUGAACUCUGGACGCCGAAGGUCAAGGUACACUCCUCGGCCUCCUGUCCAUGUCCGUCGCAGCAGCAGCUACUCUUAGAAGAAGAGUCGUCGUCCUCUGGUUCUCCUCCGGCCGAGCCAGAGCCAGAGCCAGAGCCAGAGCAAGCUGGCUCAGGCGAAGAAGAGGGAGCAGGGCACACGAGCGUGCAGCGUGAGGUGUUCACCAUCUGGAUGAAGUCGCUGGUGCUCAACGGCAGCGGCUGCACGGUCUUCGACUCGUCCGGCCGCAUCGUCUACCGCGUCGACAACUACGGCUCCCGCCACUCCGUCGAUGUCUGCCUCAUGGACAUCACGGGGAGCGUGGUCCUCCAGGUGCUCAAGAGGUUCUGGCGGUGGGACGGGUACAGGCGCGGCAACUGGGAAUCAAAAGAGCCCGACGCGCCGCGGGCGCGGGGGCGGCCAUGGUUCACGGUGGUGAGCAAGAGGUGGGGCCACGGUCCGAGCUGCGAGUUCAGGACCGACGGCGGCCGCGCCGUGCGGUACAAGAUGAACGGAGGGAGGCGGCGGCAGCAGGCGGCGCGCGCCUCCUGGAUCGUGGACGACGCCACCGGCGUGGCCGUGGCGGAGGUGAAGAGGAAGCUCACGCCGACGGGGGUGUCCCUCGGCGAGGAUGUGCUCACGCUGGUGGUGGAGCCCAACGUCGACCACUCGCUCAUCAUGGGGCUCCUAGUCGUGCAUGGCCUCAUCAACCACAGUAUGUGAAACCGUCCACGGCCGGCUGUAAUUAUCGCCGGACCGGAUGUAUAGCCAAAUUGGCGUCCUACUUGAUGUUACGUGUAUGCGCAAGAGACACAAACCUCUUCUGUUUGAGAGUGAACUAUUUGGACAUAUUCCUCUGGAAUUUAUUUUUCUUC